AUGGAUUCCUCCGAGAGUCCCUUUAGCGAUCUGGACGUUUUUGCAGACUGGUCCGGUGAUCCUGCAGAUCAUGUGGAAGUCAAGUUUGUUGUGGAGAUGGUACCGCUCACACAACAUCAGAUCCAUUGCAGACCUUUCCUUGACAAAGCCGUCUUAAACACUCGUCUACCAAAGGAAUUUAUCGUGGACUCCUCUCUCAAACUCGCUCCGCUGAAGGAAACCCUCACCCAGCUCCAUGACAACGAAUCGGUCGAACGCAACUCCCAGACACCCGAAAGCCAAAUCGUGAACACAGACGCAGGGAAGUUUCCAAUUCAUCUGGACUAUUUGUCGGAGCAAGGUACCGUCCUGCUCGACAGCCCAAACGAUGCCUUCCAAGGCGCUACUAUCGUGAACAACGUCUACACUGAUCCUCAGGAAAACCACCCUCUUGGAAAUAUUCGUCAUUCUCGGAAGAGAAGUGCUAAGACUGCGUCAUUGCCUGACUCUAUCUCUGACUCUGAGCGGCCAAUUGGUGGACUCAGGCACAAGAGCAGCUUGUCUGUUCAUGUGUCUGGCGCAACGUCGAAUAAUUCUCUGAAGUUGAAUCGUCGGAGUCUUAUUCCGCGUCCUGUCGGUCUUUUUUCCCACUCCCAUCAGGCGAGUGCGCCUGGGAGAAUCCUAAUGUUGAACUCGACCUCUGGAUCUGAGUCUGGUUCUGGAUAUCUGCUGCGAAAGAAAUUCGCAGCCAUGAAAAAGUCCAAUGAAAGUGUCGAUGACAAUAUGAAUAUGACUCCAAAUAUGGAUACACCACCAAUCUAUGGAGAUGAUGGAUUCAUGCUGCCCAGCCCGCUGACAGCCAUAGACCACAAUUCGAGUAUCGCGGAAAGUGGCCCCACACACGUUUUCGAAGGCAAGGAUGCAACAAAAUAUUACUCGGAGACCCUUUCCAAUGCGGUAUCAUGCGAGACUCCGUGUGGUGUCCACAACAUUCUGGAUUGCUACGGCUCAGUGAACGAUUGCCCAAAGAGCCCUGCUGAGCCACUGUAUUCUAUUCGAACUCCGGGCUCACCCCUCUCGCCGUACGGUCCUCUUUUCGACUUGUCGACCCCUCAACUUCUUCACGAGAACAGUGUAUUCCGCAUUUCUUGUCCUCGCGAUACCAAGCCUGCCGUCUACCAAGCGACUAUUUCAUUCAACAUGCCCAUGGAGAAGGGAACACCUCGGGGGUGGUUAAACUUUAUCAUUCCAGGACUACCUCGACUGCGGAAUAACUCCACUGGCUAUCUUUAUUUCUGGACCCCUCCCAGUCAAGGAAUAGAGUUCCGUACCACCCACUUGAAGCGACACACUCUCGUUGAAAGCUGCUUGAUGGGCCAGUUCCCGAUAUUCGAGAAGCUAGUCAUUCCGGUGCGGCCUUGUGAUGGACGGUUCUAUGGGUUCAUCAAGGACUUCAAAGUAACGCAGACUAUCCGUGCUGAUUUUCGCGAUGAAGAGGAUAAGGAUUCCCAGAAAUGGAUCGUCACAUAUCAUGCCGUCUGUGCCAUCGAUCUUAUUCAGCGUGACUUUUGGGCCGAAAAGUGCGGCUUAACUCUCUACGUGUAUGGUGGGCCUGACACUGAAUUUUCUGCUCAUCUCCUUGAGUCCCGGGAAGGGUUCCAGACGAUCAACCUUGAAUCAUCGCCUGACGCUCGGAUUGGUAUUUCCGAAGUUCAUAUUAUCUGCUCUCCUUCUAAUCUGAGCAUGCUUGCCAUUACCUGGAAAGUCCGACUGCCACGAGACCGUCCCAUUUGGAUGCCUCGCAUUCGAGGCACUGUGGAUACCGAAGGAUUUAUUGAUGAUCUGGAGGACCGUUACACAGAAGCAGAAGAAAAUGACACUCAUGAAGUUGUGAAUUUCUCACCCGCUCACGAGUCUGACGCCUCUACUGUUUGUGUUCCUGGGCCCAAGUCCGACAAUUCCAAAACGUCGUGGAGUAUGGCCCGUGCCAUCAUCGUAAUUUGUCUCGUAUCUGUUUUGGGUCGAAUCACCUACCGACUCUACGAUAUUGUCUUCUUCGGUGGGCCUUUUGAUAUUGCGACAGGUUCGAUUGUAAACGCUCCGGUCGUGGACGGUGAUAUGGCCAUUGAUGUGACCAUUCCUGUGACUGAUGAAGCCCCUGUGCCAAUUCCUGUUGUUCCUCAUGUACCUGUCCCUCCCACUGCCACUCCCCUCCGAGAUCAGAUCGAUUAUUUGCUCGGUUGGCGAGGACCCUAUUGA